UUGUUACCCAAAUUGAUCCGAGGGAUUAUAAUCGCAAUCCCAAAAUGUCUGUAAAGGCCAAGAAUUGCCAAAUUGAUAAAAAAUUAACAAACUCAGACUAUUUGUAUGUUAAAGAUAAGCUUGAUUUACUGAAUAUCCAGGAGGAGGAUACACCACGAGCAAUGGCAAUGGAGACAGAAGCAGGAGCGGCGCAGAAUUUGAAGACGUGCAAACGUUGCAAAAGCAUGUAUGACCCCUCCUCCAAUUCAUCCCCCUCCUGUAGAUUUCACCCAUCUUUCUUCGUUUCUCGUCGCCACGAUGACCAGAAAAGGUACUACGAAUUAGGACCUGAAGAUCCUCCCUACGCUGCCAAGUUUUAUGACUGUUGUGGUGCAGAGGAACCAGAAGCAGCAGGUUGCAGGACAUCUUUCCACAUCUCAUAUGAUGAUAUAUGAUCUGCUACCAAGUUCUAUUUUAGUUUUUCUAUGCUAUAUAUAUACACAACUUGUAUCUUAAACCCCUAUUUUUUAAUUUAGAACAGUGGUUUGUCAAAGAGAGUUCCCCUAGUUUUAGUUGAGCUAGCUUGCAAAUGUCAGCGAAUUCACUGCUUUUAUUUGUUUUUACGUAUAAAUUGUUAUAACUGUCUUAUAGAUAUUUAAAUUUUACAAAUUAAGAUUUGUAUUUUUAUAUGAUAGAUUUAAGGUUUAAAGCAAACAUUAGUUGUAAUAACAAGUUUGAUUAUAUUACAUCUUUUAUAGUGCUA